CAGCUCCUCUACUCAUUCGCUGCUGAUUCACUCGCUCACUCGCUUGCCUCUCUUCUGCCAGUCCCUCUGCCUUGCUGCGCUCUGCCUGCCUGCCUGAGAAUGGUCCAGCCGGUGCCUGGGGGUCUGCUGUCGCGGCCUGUCUGAACACACGCAUAAACACACAGAGUCAAUCGACACGCGGAAGCACACAUACACAAACUGGAGAGCAAUGUGAGAGAGGAAGUGCCUUCCCUGAUGUCUGCUGCAGCUUUGACCUGCUUCUACAGCUGAAGCUCCACCCUCCCUCCCCCCCGCCUCGCUCGCUUGCUGCCACAGUAACACGAGUACAAGGACAGCGACCACACCCUCCUCGCAGCCUACGCUCCGGCCCACUCGUCCAUUCACCAUCAUCACCAUCCACUCCUCGCGGCAGGGCUCCAGCCUCAGCUCUCCUCACCAGACGGCCUCGCUGCCAACUGCUCUCCACCAGCUGACCAGCCUUACCACAGCAGCCCGAUACACCACCAGGCCCACGCAGCAUCUCACCCACCUUGCCUUUAACCUUCGCCUUCGACCCUCUAAGCCUCCACUGGGUCCUCAGUGUCCUUAACCUACCUGUAGCAGGCUACACCCAGACUAUCACCUUUGUUGCCUGCUUCACUGCACCGAACCAGAGGGCUCUCAGUUUGGCCUGUCCAUCUGUUUGCCACCUUGGCUUAUGAAUGCUGUAGAUGAGACUGUUCAGCAAGCAAUAAACAGUGAAAGAGAAAAGUCAAGCCAAGAGUGGCAACUUAAUUGUUAGGCUAAGUCAUCUCCCGGAUAUAAUCCCUUUGUCAGUGGUUGUUGGAUCAGGAAAAUGAUCCAAUAGCAUCCCCAGCGAAACGUUGUGCUGUAACAUUUCACUUUGGACAAGGAGCCGUCUCAAUCAAUAGGAGCUUCUCUUUCCUUCUGAGUAUUUCAUUUCAGCUUCACACACGAGUGUCACAGACUUUAACCGCACCAACAAAAAAAAACAAAAAGAGACCUUAAAGUUGUGGAUUAAAACACUAGAGGUACUUUAUUCACGUUUAAACAGAUCUCAGCUUGGAAUACCUUUUGCCAGCGUGUUACCAUGGCGAUGAACAUAGCACAUAUCCGUGACACAAAGUGGCUGACACUGGAGGUAUGUAGGGAGUUCCAGAGGGGUACGUGCUCACGCUCCGACCAGGAGUGCAAGUUCGCUCAUCCGGCCAAGAGCUGUCAGGUGGACAACGGACGGGUCAUCGCUUGCUUCGACUCACUCAAGGGCCGUUGUUCCAGGGAGAACUGCAAGUAUCUGCACCCUCCUCCUCACCUAAAGACCCAGUUGGAGAUCAAUGGGAGGAACAACCUGAUCCAGCAGAAGAACAUGGCCAUGCUGGCCCAGCAGAUGCAGCUCGCGAACGCCAUGAUGCCCGGCACGCAGCUACCACCUAUGGUGAGAGGACACACACGUAUGAACAUACCACAGCUACUGCCCAUGCCUAUGUUCUCAGUGACGCCAGGCCUGGCCACCAACGCCAGUGCAGCAGCAGCAGUUGCAGCCGCUGCCUUUAAUCCUUACCUGAGCCCUGUGUCACCAGGCCUGAUGCCCCAAGAGAUCCUGCCCAGCACCCCUGUCCUCAUGGCCUCCAGCCCCACCGUCAGCCAAGUCCCCAACGCUGCAGCUGCUGCAGCCCAGAAGCUGCUGAGAACAGACAGACUUGAGGUGUGCCGGGAGUAUCAGAGAGGCAACUGCUCCCGGGGAGAGAACGACUGUCGCUUUGCCCACCCUGCAGACAGCACCAUGAUCGACACCAACGACAACACCGUCACCGUGUGCAUGGACUACAUCAAGGGUCGGUGCUCCCGGGAAAAGUGCAAGUACUUCCACCCGCCGGCCCAUCUGCAGGCCAAAAUUAAGGCUGCCCAGCACCAGGUGAACCAGGCCACAGCCGCCGCGGCCAUGACUCAGUCGGCUGUCAAAUCACUGAAGCGACCCCUCGACGCAACCUUUGACCUGGGCAUCGCCCCUAAUGUCAUGGCUCCCCUGCCAAAGCGGGCAGCCCUGGAGAAGGCCAACGGGGCCUCUGCCGUAUUUAACACCGGCAUGCUCCAAUACCAACAGGCCCUGGCCAACAUGCAGUUUCAGCAGCAGGCAGCUUUCCUCCCAUCAGGCUCAAUAUUGUGCAUGACACCUGCAGCCAGCGUUGUUCCCAUGAUGCACGGUGGUACUCCAGCCACUGUGUCUGCAGCCACCACAUCUGCCACAAGCGUUCCCUUCGCAACUGCCUCCACCAAUCAGGACUCUUCCUUAUCAAAGUUGACUACCAACGAAUACAUGCAAUUGAUUCCAAUAAUAUCUGCAGAUCAUCUGAGUAGUCACAAGUACUUGACUCAAAUGUAGUUCCUCUCAAGAACAAUCAAAUGAAUGUGUGCUGGCACCGUCCAAGCCAAAAGAGUUCAGCCUUUAUGUACAUAACCUUCAGAAUGUCAAGCAAUGAGACAAGGAGGGUCUGCCAUCUCUUAGCCGGUCCACGAUGAUGGUCUCAUAACACAUGUAAACAUCUAGGGUGCAACACAUGAUCUGUGCCAUCUUCCCACAUAUCAAUGUCAAGAAGAAUUCGUUGUCAAAUUCAACGUCCAGCCGAGAGAAGAGGAUAUCUUGGUGCCAGGGUCAGUGUGUCACCCCGCGGUGGGAAACAUUCACGUUACACCUCUGUGUCCGACUAAAUCAUAGCACUCAAUUUGUUCUAAUUAUUAUCAUAACUGCACACACAGAAGGUCAAGAACGUGGUUGCAUGAGGCAACAUCCAGUGCUGGUACGUUAGUAGACCAAGAUUUUUUUUUCCUUUUUUAUUUGUUCUGCUUUACUUUGUUUAAUUGAUAGCCAUAUUUCAUAGUUUACAAGUUAAAUGCAAACAUGCACCUUGAAUUUGAAUUGAGAUCUCAAAGGCACAAUGAUUUUAACAGGAAUUUUUUCGCCAAAAGAAUUAGGCAUGUACAGUAUUGUGUUUUUACGGCUACUAGUGAAACUAGAUGUUGAAAUGAGGGUCUUGGACAUAUGAAUGUUCUGGGUAAACCAACAUACCUGUGUACCUUGAAAGCACAGCCAGGCUAGCUUUUCUCACCUUGUCAUGUGCCAUCAAGGCCAUACAGCUAAAACCAGAGUGUUAUCUCAGCAGUGUUAUUUGUUUACCGAAGGUAAAAGUUUUGUAUGGCUCUUUUUGUAUUGUUUUUGUUUUCAGAAUCUCCAUUGAGUGUUUUUUUUUUAACUUUAAUCGAAUUAAUCAGUUUUAGAAGUGGUUUUUUUGCCAAUUUUUUGUUUUAAUUUUUAAUUUUUUUCUUUUGAAAUCAAAAAUGGAUGGUUUUUCUAAAGUUUGUCAUACCUCUUUUCAUAGACUAGUGUUGUUUUUCUUUAUUGGGAUUAAGUUGUUGCUCAAGUCCAUUGACUCUAAAGCCUGGUGAAGUAGAGGGUGUAGCUUCAAAUGACAUUGUGUUACCUUGCUCCCCCUCUUUUAAAGAGGGGCGACUCUCCAAGAAGCACUGUUGAGCCAUGUGUUGAUGGGAAUUUAAAACAACAGACCCAAAGGUCUGUUAGGUCAUUUAAACCACAUGUGCACUUGAAUGAUUGUUUGUCUGAUCACCCUGUUUUAAUUUCACAUCCCAUCACAUCGAAACUUUCAUUUUUGAGGAAAUACAACACAUUGGCACAUUGUAUGACUUUGACUUGUAUUUCAAGCAAAACAUGAAGGUUCUCAUUCACAUGUAGAUCUGACUAUGGAAACCAAAGCACAGUUUUUUCUCUCAAUCGUAUUCAUAAAGGGUUAUAGACGCAUCUCUUAAGAGGCUUGAACAGUUAAGGAGACAUGUUUAUCAUCUUUCAUUCAUCGUCAGUUUUACGAUCACUUCCUUUUCUGUUCUCACAGAGGUGUGUAGUGUCUUUACCGAUUGUAAUGUACCUAACAAAGCCUUAGAUUACAAUUAAUGGGUCCCAGCCCAAUCAAAUGUACUUUCAAUCACCAUGCAGGUAAAGAACACCAAUGAUGUUUUAUAGUUCUCUCACAUGCCGCUUAUGAUCUCUUUUUUUGUUCAUUCUCUCUAUGUAAAAGUAACAAUUACUCUCUUAAAUUUCAUUGAACUUAUGUGUUAUGUACUACUUAAGGAUUUGAAUCUAUUUGAGGUAUGUAGUUGUAGAUUUUUCUUUUUUUUGCCUUACUAUAUAUUACUUGACAACAUUGAUAUAGCCGUUGUAGAUUUUGAGGUAGUAUGACAUUCAUAACUUUUUCAAACCAUAUAAAUGAUAAUGUGUUGAGUCAGUUUUAAAUAUUCACUUCAUUCAUAUAGCUGGAUGUCUUUUUCAGUUGAUGUUACAUUAUCACUUAACUUUGUCGAUGAAAGACUUUUUUGAUACAAGGAAUGAGAUCAAUUAAUUUGCUGCCACUGCAGCAUCUGAGUAGAUAAAAAAACAAAAAAACUAAAGUUUUAACCAACUUAAAUUUUCCUUGUAACAUGUCAAGAUCAUGUUUGAAAAUAUAUUGUAUUGAGAUAUAGAUUGUCCAUGUUUUAGAGUAAAAAUUAUUUUCUACUGUAUCCAUUUCAAAAAGAUAUGUACUUUUGUUUGAAUAUUUCUUAAGUUUGCCCUGAAUGUCAGGCCAAAACGAGCAGUGAGGUUGACGGGUGUCUGGAUGUUUGGUCGAUAGUGAGAUUAGGAGCGAGAAAGCAAAGACUUUUCCAGACUGGAGAAGUCCAAAAUGCUGCAGAUGAUGAGUUCUAACCUAAGGGACGAAGGUUGACUUUUUGCACUUCUGUAUAUAGUCAAAUGAACAGAGAAAAAAUGUGUAUCAUAUUGAGAUAUUAUUUUGAAUAAAAAAAUAUCUAUAAUUAUAAGGAAUUUUGUUAGAUUAAUUUAAAUUCUUAAAUUAGAAGACCAGCUAAAAAAUUGCUUGCAAAGAAGGGCACUAGUUUCUUGGCCAAUGCAUUCAGAGAAAGCUAUGCGCUUUUUGUCUUAUUUUAUCAGUGGCUAGUAUUGCCAGGGAAUGUUGUAGGGGAAUAGAUGUCCCCAUGUCAUGCUAACUCCACCCACUCUCAUAGGAUGACAUAUCCAGUGAUGUCCAUAUAUCAUUUGUUGGACUUGGUAAUGCAGUAUUGCUGCUCCCAUGGUACAGGUGAUACAUAAAACUAUCAAAACUUUGUAUUCUAUUAUAGUUUGAUUUGACUGCAUGUAAAAAUACAAACAUGUAAACAAAAGAAACUGCAUAGUUACAGUAUGUAAGGAAAGAUAACACAUUCAGACUACAGGAUACACAGUAAUAUGUUUUUUCAAAUUAUACAUACAGUAGAUAACAUCCACAGUGGGGAGAAAUAAUACUUCAAAAACAAGUCAUCUUACUCUUGUGUGAUAAAAUAUUUUUCCAAGCAAACAUGUUAUUUAAAGAAUGAUAAAAUAUUAGCACUCAUCCACCCCGGAUACUUUCUCAUAGCCAUAUAAUUACAGCCGACACUGACUCACGGGACGUCGUUCCUGCUAUCAUAUCUGUGCACUCAGCAGGUGAAGGCUCACCACACCAAAUGCUUAUUUGGCAAAUUAGUCGUUGAAAUGAAUGUAACAGUCGCCACUCAGCGUCAACAUGUUUCUCACUCGAGGCUGCUGUGUAGGCGCUACAGAACCAAAGCACCAUUUUCUCCAAAUCAGAUGUUCAGUCUCCUGGCUGGAGCCAAGGUUUUUCUUCCCUGCUGGGGGCACAUGUACGCUUUGACUGCUUUUUACUUGUAAGUGCAACCAUCAAUUAUGUAUUUGCUAACAGUUGCCACACAAUAAUGUACUAUUCUGUCUACAGAUUUGUUUAUGCACAUUUUAUUGUUGCCAUAAUUGACUCUUGCUGUAUGGAUGAAAAAAAAAAUCUGAAUAAAACAAUAUUUCAUUUGCUCAUGCAACA